GAACUACAAAGUGGAUAAACGGAAAAGAGAGAGAAUGAACAUCUCAGAAGACAGAGUCUGUGUGAGCAACUCUGAGGGCAGAGGGAACACGACGACACGUGUCGGGAAGACACGCUCCGGGGCAGCGCCGGCAGGAAGGGGAAGGAAGCCACAGAAGGCCCCAAAAAGAAACGUGGCUCGUGUUCCACAGCCGCUAUACUUCCGACGUUGCCGUCACCAUCGCAGAGGCAAAAACUGUUUAAAUUAAAGCAACAGCAAGGAGGUUAUUCGAAGGGAGAAGUGUCAGGAUUCAUCGUAACUUCGGCAGAAAAUCUGCGAGGACGUUUCUGUCCUGCCGAACUCGACUGCUUCCGUUCUCAGAGCGCCGCACACGAUGCGAUGUGAAAACCUGCCCGGUGAAGAUGAUGGAUGCCGACAGCGGGCCACUUCUCACGUUUCAUUUGAAGGAAAAGGCAACAGAAGAAACAAGUGGUAUGAAAGGAAAAGCCGCUACGUAGUCACCGAACACAGAAGCAGAGAGUAAAAGACCUGUCUGCCCUUCAGCCAGAGACCCGCGGCCCCUGAAGGAAAGACCAUCCCGCAUCGCAUCGCAUCGCAUCGGCCCUCGCCCCAACGGUAAGUGUGUUUUACCCUCGGCUCCAAAAGAAAACACUGCCAUCGUCUUCUGUAGAAUGAAUUACAAGGUUUCGUUCUCAAUUUCUCAUGCUCUUAGAUCUCUCUUUUCCCCUACCCUUACUCUAUUAUUACGGUUUUUCAAGAGAGUAUAAACUAUAUUGUCAAGUCACCUACUUCAGCAUUUACGUCCUCCGGCCUCACAACUGGCUCCAGCAUACAAAUUUCACUACCAGUUAGAGAAACGAGAUGAAUACAGAAAAUAAUCCUGACUAAACAGUCCACCUAGGACUGAUACCAGCAUUCUUCGCCUCUUUUGCUCCAUCGUAACGAAUUUCCUCAGGAUGGAUAUUUUGCAAAUCGUCAAGACUGAUCUGUUUUUUCUGCUCUCAUUAGAGGGGACAGUGACCUGGCUUCUAGAUGGCCUGAAAGUUAAGCAGAAGAAUUAAAGCAGCGUGGUUAUUUUUAGCUCUCUACAGGCAUAAAAAUACAGCCCUGAGCUGUGACCCACAGCAGAACAUCACAGCACGCACCGUCCCCCCCGGUAGCUGGGAGCACGGCCCUGGUGCCUCCCGGUGCCGCUCCUCGCUGCAUCACCGGAGCCGAGUCGGAGUGCAUUUAGGACCAGAGCCUGUGGCUGCCGGCAUCUUUUUCAAACAGACGGAGCUACGUUCAAAAGGCAGACCGUUAUAUAAUUUGUGAAGAUUAAACAGGAACGCAUCCGGAAGAACAAUAUACGCCCAAGAAAAACAUAGCCUCGUCACUAAUUCAAGCAAACUCUUUGGCAACAUCACCACAUCGGAUCCAUCAACUUACCAGGCUGAGCAUGCCACUUUUUGGCUGGAUGAAAUGGCCAAAAUACGAUGCCUACAAACCCGCACACUGUCCUGGCUCAGAUGUGGUGACAAAGACCCUGCUUCGGGAAUUAAAGUGGCAUCUGAAGGAGCGAGAGAGACUAAUACAAGAGAUUGAAAAUGAACAAAAAGUAAAAAAAACAGGAGUGGAUUACAACUGGCUGAGAAACCACCAGAACCCCCACAUGACCAUCCCGGCUACUGAACAAAGACAACUUGAAGUCCUUUGCUCACAAGUUCAACCUUGUCAGACCGGAACUAUUCUCAGCAGAUUUCGAGAAGUUUUAGCAGAAAAUGAUGUACUGCCAUGGGAAAUAGUCUACAUCUUCAAGCAAGUUCUGAAAGACUUCCUAAACAGUGCUGACAAAGGCAACCAGCAGGAAGGCCUGGAAGAGUCAACGAACACAGACUGUCCUGUUCCUUCUGUGAUGCCAGGCUCAAGCUCCAAGAGUUCAGACAAAGACGAAAUACCCACUAUUUCCAGUUACGUGGACAAAACCACAAAGAACAGGUUCCCAGCAUUCUCACACAGAAUAUGGAACCUACCAUAUUAUUACCCAUCAAGUUAAGUUACUUAUAACCAGAGGAGUUUCUAUGACCACUUUUAGAAGCAGAACUCUUAAUAUUAAAAGAAAAAGUGAUGUGAUUUCAUGUUUUGUUGCAAAGUCAGAUGUUACGUAGUGUUUAACUCUGCAUCCUAGGUUUUAAGUAGUGUUCCUUUUUUAACCACUCUACAAAUGCAAUGUUUUAUUAAACAGUCUACUUUUAACUAAAAUGGUUCCAAAUAUUUUGAAAAAAAUGUUUGAAGUAUUUUCUUAUACCUCAAACAUCUCUCACAGGAACAUAGGCAUUUUAUUUAGUAUGAAACUGGACAAAUUCUGUGUGGAAAUUAGACAUUAACCUUGACUUUUAUUCUGAAAGGAAGCUGUAUAGAAUAAAAUAAAUGACUGAUGUGAA